CGCGGGCACAAGUAGUCAAGAGUUCCAUUAUCCGUUCAUCGAGCUAAGCUACAAGUCUUGUACACGAGUUCGCCUUCGGCCGUCCCUUCCCCUCUCGUCCAGCCCCGCAUAUAUCGAGCGCCGACCUCUACGUCGAAUCCUCCUCUAUAGAGGCUCUCCAUGUCGUGUCAACUGACUUAUGGGUCAAGAUGAUCGCGCCAAAGCUGGUAAUGGAAUGGGCUCUUAAACAACGAAUCGCACAAGUGAAGCUUGCUUUCGAGGAACUCGAGCAAUACAUGCUAGAGCUGAUCCAGGAAUGCCGAAACUUAGAGAAGAACGCCAUGAUCUAUAUUGCCCAUGUGCCACUACAGACCAGCAGCUAUAAAACGCUUGCAGGAAAUAUCUUUAUUUUUAUGCUUGCCGGACAUGAAACUACGGCGCAUACAUUAGCGUUCACCUUCGGUCUACUAUCGUUGCAUCCGGACUACCAAGAGAAGCUCUACAAGCAUAUUAAGAGCAUUAUCCCAGACGGGCGGCCACCCAUGAGUCUCCUCAGAGCAGCUAUACCUGUAGCGAGACAUCAGAUUCACGAAGAGACGCACCUACUACUGAGUACAUGGCUGUCUUCUAUGAGACACUCCGUCUAUUCCCUCGGCGAGUACGGAGUCCCUCAUAUCGGAGUCACCACAAUUCCAAAGGUGGCAGCUGAAGACACAACCCUGGUGACGACUGAUCGAGUCGGAAACGAAGUCGUCGUUCCAGUAUCUCGUGGAACAUCACUACAGAUCAGCGUCGCUGCUCUGCACUACAACCCCCGGUACUGGGAUGACCCACUUGCAUUCAAGCCCGAGAGGUUCCACGGUGACUGGCCUCGGGAGGCGUGUCUUCCAUUUAGCUCUGGUGCACGUUCAUGUCUAGGCAGACGGUCCUUUGAGACAGAAGGAAUCGCAAUACUGACCAUGCUCCUUUCUCGCUACAAGAUUGAGUUGAAGGAUGAUCUCAAAUUUGUGAACAAAACAUAG